CAUCACCUUACCUUGUCCCCGACAAGUUGCGGCCCUCCGACAUCAAAUCCAUCUCCAGCGCCGCCUCCUCUUCCUCCCGCUAGUAUUUCUUUUGCGCAAUUCUAACGGAGAGACCUAUCCUGUUCGUUCCGACCGUUCAUUUGCUGGCGUGGCUCAUUGUGCGAGGAGGACUGGGUUCCCGUCAGAACCAAUUCGAAGCGUAGCUUGCACCCGCAGCGUGACGCCUCGAGUUCGUGACUAGACGCCCCGGUCAAUCUACUGUUCGUACAAUAGCUACUCAUGCACUUUGAGCAGGGUCACGAUCGUUACCGGAUGCGUCUUCUCCAUUAGGACCGCGCGACGGACUUGCUGCUAAGGGCAAAGAAGUGCGAUAACAGCGUAACUGUAAGUGUCGGGCUCCCUCUCUCUCCCUUGCGUGCUGUCGGGCUACGCCCCUCCAUGUCUAAACCUACAGGAUCAGCCGACAUCGACUCCAACAUGCUGCCCUGCGACUCGGAUGAUUGCGAUUUUGAGGCACCCAACGUCAUUGCGGUGCGUGAAGAUGAGGAACAAUCGCCUGAAGUGAUUGAGCAGAGUUUCCGAUUGCGCAUCCGAUAUGCCUCCCCCGGUCUCGUCUCUUUCCGCCUGCUUGUAAUCCCCGACGGCAUGUCAACAAAAACAACGUCUUGGCUACAGAUCAGAGCGGACUGCAUCGAGUCACUUGAGAAGAUGCUCUAUGACAAAGCCAACACCAACGGCCCAAGCCCACCUUACCUCGAAACUGUCCGCUCGCGACUCAAUGGCAUGCAGUCGGUAGCCAGUCUCCAAUUUCAGCUGCACCAGAACGGUCGUAUCGACCUAGUCACACCCAUCGAUUCCGAUAGCGGAAACACAACUGGCGGCGAACCCGUCUUGGAAACACGAGCAUCACUCAAGUCCCUUGCGACUGCCUCGCGGUUUUCCGUGUUCUUUCGGCACGACAUUCUGCGGCGGAAGACAUUUCUCAAAUACAAGAGGGCUAUUCAAGACUUUCCAUCUUUGUCAGACAAUGACAAGCUUGCAUAUGAGUGUAUGGUGGAUGUACGUAGGCUGUAUCAUGGCGUUGGCGGCAAGGUGCACACAUCCCGCGGCCUUCGUGAUCCUUGUCCUCCUGCCGAGGAACAUCGCGGCUCCCCCGAUCCGACCACGCCCGCAUCGUGCGGCGGUAGCACCGUUCCCUUUGACGAUGUGCCACCUGAUCGAGGUCUGCCCCCGCCGUAUGAUGAGUGCUCGAGCGAGGGACAGUCGCCGGAGACCCGACCAAGCCCUGCAGCCAUAGUCGCCGAGAAGUCAAGACGCGACUGCGAACGCGAUCCGCCGGAAUAUGUUGAUCCUGGAAGGCAGAAGAAUGCGCUGGAACCCUCCCUGGACGUCUUCCCCCUGGGAAAUGCAGAUAUGUACACACCAGGCACCAAAAGAAAACGUUCGCCAACCACCGUAUGCACCACAACAACGUCCGUGAUAGACGCACCUCGCCCGGGCAAAUUGCAAUACCCGCUACUAGCCGAUCGGGGCAGCCCACUGAUGCAUGCGCUUGAGCAACAGCAACAACACAUCCAUGAUCUACAACAAAUGUUCAGGGAAUCGCAGAGACGUAACGAGGCGCUCGAAGCACGGUGCGAUGAGCUGGAGAAAAGACUUUGUGAACUGGAAGAGGGUCAAUCUGAAAAUGUCGAGACGGUCGGGAAUCUUGACAUCACCCUUGAUCAACUCCAAGCUAGGUGCGAUACUCUCGAGAAGCAAGUGCCGGACGUGUGUGAUGAGAUGGAAGACCUCAAGAAAACAUGGUUGGAGGAGUGCAGAGAGGAGCUUGAAGACAAGGAGCGCGAAUCAUUCGAGGAUCGCAUGGCGAAACAGGUGCGCGAGAGUGUCGAGGCUGAAUUGAACAAAGUCAGAAGGAGGGUCUUGAAAGCCCUUCAACCACCAUGAAUCAACGAACAAGUCAAGCCGAAGUACGGCACCCACCGCAUUGCUUUCGGUGUUGCUGGUUUCAUGCUCCCUGCUCCCCAUGGCACACAACUUCUGCACUCCGAGAGGAAGAAGAUGAAGCAGAGGAGAUACUUCUUACGUUAGAGGUGGUAACAAGCAAGCGAGCCACCAAUAUCGACCUUCCUCAUCUGUUCCAUCCUGAGACUCAUCAUGAGCGUCGCCUUCGUCGUCGGCACGAGAAAUGACGACCAUGCAACCCCCGGCCGCCCCCCUUGUGGCACCUACAUACAACCCUUGCGUAGGGGUGCUUCCUGAUACUUGGGAUGCCAUUAUCGCGUACCUUGGGUUCGCUCGGGCGGUGGCACCGCCACCCUGGUUAUAGGCCAUGUCGGUAUUGCUAUCAAGCCUAAUGACAUGAAGUCGUUCUUGGCAAAGGCCGAGGAAGACUAGGAAAGCAUUGGCUAGUACCGGACACUGAAGAUUUACGAGUGUGGCGGGGAUGAAUUCGGCUACAUCAGCUCAACCCGCGCCCAGCGCAGCCCAUAUGGGCAGACCUCCCCUGAUCGCAAUACCUCGAGCCUACAGUGACUACCCAAGAUAUGGGAGUUGUAAGAAUGUCCACGGUACCCCUUUGGCACGGCGCGUGUCUUGGGUCACCCAAGUAGGAUUUGCCCUCCGUCAAGCACCUACCUACUUACAUGUCUUCCUCCCUCUUGAGGUGGCCAACCACUCGCUGCCCGCACGGAGACGGAAAGGCACUACGUCCUCGGUUGCGGCAGGCAGGCAGUGUUGCAGGACAUAUCCCAGGACGAUGGGAGGAGGCAAGUGUAAUUGUGAACAUGAUCCAUCCCGAUUGCUUCUGUCUAUACCAGUGAUCACGCAGGUAACUUGAUGGGAGAAGAAAUUUACGUGUACAAGGUCGCCAGCAAUGGGGACUUGCCGCUAAUUUGCGCCCUGUUGGCGCCAGUCCAACUCGUCGGCUAUCGGGAACAGAGGCCACGAGGAACGGUUGCGGCAAUGUAGGGAUACACUCCCGGUCAACGAGCCGUCACCUCAAGUGCGGUAAAAGGGCAGUGAGCUACUCAACCAUUUUGGUUCAGCAUAAUGACGGAACGCAAAUGUUCAGCUCGAGUAGUCGGAAUUUUGAGUUGUUGGCAGGACAGGGAGAUCUGCCACUCGCAUACCAGUUGACGUCUGGAGGAAUCGUGGUCUUCGCCCGCUUCCCCUUCCUUCCACCUCCCCUAGUACGCAGCAAUAACACACCAUUAUAUUGACGCGUGUGCUAAGCGAUCGGUUGCCCACUGACGAGAGAAGUAUUGUUGUCGGCUCUCAGAACGCAAUCACAAAGAUAGCUACACCGAAACCCCAUACUUCUCUCAAAGUAGUAUUUGUCAUUGACAUGUGCUUAGUCAAUAUUGCCGGCUUUCACGCAAGCUUCAGGCAAAUGGAAAGCAUUCAUCGAACCACCUCUUGACGAUCCUCAGCCUCGACGAUCCUCAACCUCGAUGGUCAUCAGCCUGGGCGGUCCACAGCCUCGCGGCUUGCUUCCCGUCGACCGAUUGACUGCCAAAGCCAGAUCUCGUUCUGAAUACAGUGCCAAUGAACGUGUAACGUAGGGCGAAGGCUUCCAGAUGCCAACUGCUGUUAGCGUGGUCUCGCAAAGGUGUUGCUUGUUGAAAGAGAUGUGCCACGGUCGCCAAGUUGAGCCACAACGCUGCAGACCAUCGGGCGGCUGCACAGUUAAGCGCUGUUAAAUCCAUGUUGUCUUUGGCAUCAAUCACAGCCUUUUCCUCUUUAGGGAGGGUGACCAUGAAGCGUCAACCAUAAACCGGGAAAUUGGCCAGUGUAGAACUGUCCGGCCCAAAUUAUUAUGAAAGUUGUCGCAUUCUUCAUCUUCCUAAGAAUAGUAAACUUGAUGUUCUCGUAAUCCUACCCGACUACCUUGAUGAAAGGAGUUUCUCUUUCCGACGUAGCAUCAGAAAAGUUUACACUUGGAGAAGCAAGCAUACUUCAAGCAGCACACUCUCGGCCAUAAUGCAAGGCGAAAGUCAACCGCGUCCGGCCUCCUCUACCUCGAACACCUGGGUCAAUGCCGCUGAUUUUCAGAAGACAUUUGACAGGGUGAUAAUCACCAAGAGCAGCUUGCUAAGAAGCUACAGCGUGCUGUAAUGUCUGAGUAUCUCUAAGUUCAACCCAAUACUAACCACGUGAAGCAGAAGUACCAGCAGACCACUCUGAAAGAAGUGAAAUGUUAUCGGAGCUUAUUCAAUCUACCACAGUCGACCAGUUAUGGAAUCAAAAUCUCGGAAAAGAAUAGCCAGACUACACUUUCGGCCUUCCGCCCCUGUAGAUAGGACGUAGGCCUCGAAGCCGCCCUUCUUGAGAUGCGAUCAAGCAAGUAAUGGCGGCAAAUGUGUAUGUCACUUGAGCUGGAGGAGAUGUGCAUUUCUUGAAACAUGUCCUGCAGCUCAGAGAUGAGGUGCUUGUCGGAGAGUCGCUGAGCAUCGAGCGUUGCAGGACGGGAUCUCAAUCGCAUAGUAUCAUCGUGACGAGCCCUGCAAUGAGCUGAACAGUCAUCGAUUAUAAAGUUACUGGUACGGUUUUACGACAUGGCAAGCGG